AUGAAGGGCCAGCAGAAGAAUGUGCAGGAGCAGUUAAGUAAAGGCCUUGCUAACCGGAUUGCUGAGAACCGCCAGAAGAUAAGGAGCAUAGUGGAAACUGUCAUCCUGUGUGGGCGCCAAAACCUGCCUCUCUGUGGAAAUCAUAAAGGUCAUGAAGAUGAUCGCAGCAAUUUCAGAGCCCUCUUGAACUUCAGGAUAAGUUCUGGGGACAAGGUUUUGGAAGAACAUCUCAAAACAACAGGCCCCAAGAAUGCCACAUACACAUCGAGCAUAAUUCAAAAUGAGGUCAUAGACACCAUUGCCGACUAUAUCCGCCAGAAGAUUUUCAGCCAGGUAAAGAACAGCCUCUUCUUCUUAAUCAUCGCGGAUGAGGUCACCGACGUUUCUAACAAGGAAAAGCUAGCAUUUGUUUUGAGGUAA